AUUCCGAGGCCUUCCCCGCCUAGGUGGGGCCAGCCCCCGCUCCAGCACCCCCAGCAGGCCUCAUGUGGAUGCUGGCACUAGGCGGGAUCUUCCUGGCAGCCGCCCAGGCCUGUCUUUUCUGCCGCUUGCCACACCGUGACUUGUCGGUUCGCCUGGCUCAGCUUUGCAGCCAGGUGGAGGCCCGGUGGAAGGACUGUGAGGUCUCCUGGAACUUCUCGGCCUUUGCCUUAGAUGAUGCAUCCUUGAAAAAAGUCACAGAGAAGACUCACAGAGUCCUGAGGGUCAUGGAGGUCAAAGGGUCUCUCUCCUCACUCCUUUCAUAUUGGAAAUGGCUUCAAAAGACCAAGCUCCCAGAAUACAACAGGGAAGCUCUCUGUGCUCCCGCCUGCCAGCUGGUCCUGCUGUCUCCUGCAGGGGGCAGCACCGUCCUGUACAACUGCUCCACCUGCCGGGGCUUCGAGGUGUACUGCUGGCCCCGAAAGCGCUGCUUCCCAGGAAGUCACGAUCUUUGGGAAGCCAGGAUUCUGCUGCUCUUUGUCUCCGGAGCUGUCCUUCUCCUGGGUAUUCUGAGCCUCGCGGUGGAGUACAGCCACCUCCAAGCAAAAACUGACUUGUGAAGACGAGGACAGAACUUAGCCUCCAGUUCUAAGGAGCAGGUGCCCACAACUUCCACUUCUCUCGUGGGGCGGGGUGGGGGGAGAGGGGGGGCAGCCAGACCCUUAGUUCCAGCCCCAGCGGUUCAGUCUUCCAGACCCUGAUACCCAGACAUCCCCACAAUCCCAGCGUCAGAUGGCCUCCAGGGACCCAGGCACCCACAGCUGGAAAGUUCCUCCCCUCCAGUCCUCAACCAAUCAGACAGGGGCAGUCACCGUGCCAGGAAAAUAUCUACAGAAGGAAAGAAUCCCCUCCAUACACACUAUCACUCCCACACCCCCUUCUGCCUGUUCCCGGAAAGCAGGAAAGCGGGGGCUGUCUGCCCCAGAAGCUCCUCUUGGCCCUCCUGUGACUGAUUGGGAAUCGGGGAAUGAGUGUUCUGGAAAAGUCCCUCCCCCUAGAGUGAGACCACAUCAGUCAGCCUGCUGGCAUGCUACCCUUCCAUUUAGCACUGCGAAGGCUCCCACAGAGGCCCUCCUGCCAGGCCCAACUCAACCUGCUGUCAAAUGGCCUCUACCCCUGCCUGGCCUUUGUCUGCAACUGGGGAGGGCAGGGGAAGUGCGGGAGUCUCUCGUAGCGCAGUGGUUCUCAACCGGGGUGGGGGGGGGGUUGGAUUUUGCACGCGAUGAGGCAUUUGGCAAUAUCUGGAGACAUUUUUGAUUGUUUUGAUUGGGGGCCUUGAGGAUGUGCUAGUGGCAUCUAGUAGGCAGAGACCAGGGAUGCCGCUAAAUAGCCAAAAAUGUGCGGGAAAGUCCUCCGCAGCAAAGAGCGAUCGUGUCCGAACCGUCAGCCGUGUGUGGUUGAGA